UAUCAAUUUUUCGUGAAAAAAUUAUCGUGAUUUUAAUGUAAAUUCAUUAAAAAUCUUAUAUUUUUACAAAUUAAUUUAAAAAUAAGGAGUUUAUUUACUAUGUUAUUAAAGUGAGUGUUUAAAUGGAAAUAACUUUAUGGGUGGUGUUAUUGUAAUAAUAUAAUGCCUCAGGGCAAAUACCUUUUAUCUUUAAUCCACUUUAUUUUGUUAAGCAUCGCGAUUCAAUAAUAUGACGUGUAAAAGAGCAAUUUAAGGACAUUGUCUUAGAAACAUACAAAAUAAAAUGGAGGAGCAAAUGCCAAUCUACCCGCCUGGAGUUUCCUUUGACCAGAAGUACACAGAGCAUUACGAACAAGCCCUCAAAAUGGAAGAACCACAAUAUAUACAAGAUCCAAAAAGUUACAAUCCGAAACCCUUUGAAGCACUGCCAGAACCAUCACAGGUUGAACCAAAGCUUGAGCCUGAACCAGGUAAACCUAUUCGCUUUAUUAGCGUCAAUAGUUCACAACUUACAGACGAGCAGAGAGCUAUGUAUGAAUCUGUGCUAUCCACUUGGAAACCAGUAAUGUUUCCCAAACAAGUCAAACGGUACAUCUGUGAAAAGUGUAACAAAGAAUUUAAAAAUUACCAAAAUUUAUACCUCCAUACGACUCGUGUACAUUCGACUGAAGAAUCAGCUGUUUUGUGCAACAUAUGCGACAAGUCGUUUAAGAAUAAGCAUUAUCUAUACAUGCACAGAAUGAAUAAACAUUAUUCGGAGUCUGAGAAGUGUUUUUGCCAGUUUUGUUUGCAAGAAUUCCGGACAAGGCGAGCUUUGCACAUGCACGUCAAGAGAUUCCACCCAAACACUCUACCUGAGUUGAAAUGCCCUGAGUGUGGGAAAGAAUUCCGUGUACCCUACAAACUGCGAUACCAUAUUGACGCCUGUCACAGACCAGAUAACGAAAAGUAUAAAUGUCACAUCUGUCAAAAAUUAUAUAAAAGUCACUUAAAUUUAAAUCGACACUUGCACUUCCAACAUUCUCAAGUGCCUCGGCAUCCAUGCGUCUUCUGCGACAUGACAUUCAAAUCUAGACAUCAUAUGAAACGUCACAUUCUAAAUAUACAUCCUCCUUUGGAAUCCAAAGUGCAAUGUCCAGAGUGUUUGAAAGAAUUUAAGAAUGACCAAUAUUUAAAGGAACACAUGCAAGUACAUUCAUCUUUAGAUUCGAAGGUCAAGUGUGAUUUGUGCGAUAAAUUCUUUCAUUCUGCAAUUCGCUUGAAGAAACAUAAGAAAAUUGUGCACCCGGAUAAGCCAAAGCUUCGUUGUGAGAAGUGUGAUAAGGAGUUUGCUCAUGCACAUUACUUAAGACGACACCAUAAUUCUGUUCAUAUGGAAGUGGACGAAAGUCAGUAUGAACACGAAUGUGACCAGUGCGGAAAGAAAUUUAAAAUUAAGAGAUACCUAAAUAAUCAUCUGCAAAGACAUGAGCAGCAGCAUUUGAAAAGAAUUUCUCAAAUGGUCAAAACGGUCAUGGACGACGGAACGGAGAAGAAAGCGACAAAGAGAGGCAGACCUAAAAGGACGAGAAAAGAGAUAGAGUUUGUGAAAUGCGAACCGGUAAGCUCGGAAGAAGAGACUGGGAGUGAGGAUUCGGAAUCGGAAUAGUUUUAGUUUUAGGAAAAAGAAUGUAAGUGGGUGAUUUUCAAAGUUGUAGAUAAUUGAAGGUAUUCCAAAAAAAAUAUGAAAUCAACGCUUUUGCGUGAGAGUAAGAUAAACUUUUCUAUAAAGCAUUCUUUUUCCCAUAUUAAUCCAUAUUACUUUAUAUAUUUACCAAUUUUAAAAAAGAGAAUCUAUUCUGACUUUUUCAAUAAUUCUGUAUUUAAAAACAUUCACUUAAAAUGAUGUUAUUACUAGAAGGUAGAUUUUCGCAACUUCAUAUUUGUUCAACCUGAAUAAAUAUUAAAUUUGUAUGUCAAGUGUGACAGCUCUUGAGUUCAGCUCUUACACUAUAGUACAGAUAAUAAUUUCUUUUUAAAUAGUGUAAUUUAUUAGUGUUAUCUUUAGUAAAGAAAUUUCGAUUUUAUUAUGGGGCAGUAAGGAGAGGAGACUACUCUCCAAGUCUAUAGUUCUUGAACAUUGUAAAAACUAAAUAUUUAAAAGAAAAUAAUGAUUUUCUAUAAGCCCUUGCGCGCCCCUAUUUACCUAUAAAUAGGCUGUUAAUAAAAAUUUCAUAGAAUUUAAUUAUGAAUAAGAUAUUUAUAUAUUAAGUUGCCAUUAUGUUUAAUGUUGAUAUGUAUAUUUUAUUUUUUUUGUAAAUUUUUAUUACUAAAUUAAGGUAACAGGUUUUUAUUAAAAGCCGAUUUAUGUAUACGUUGGGUGAAAAGUAUAAAUAAUUGGCUUAAAGUUGGAUGUGUAACAAAAACUCUGUACAUUCCAAAUGUACAUUAAAUAAUUGUACACUUAGAAUGUGUGUACUCAACUACAAAACUGUUAUAGAUAUUAAACGUAUUUCUUUCUUGGAGGCCGUGCUGGUAUCUGUGCGUGAAGUCUUCUCUAGCUUGUCUAUGGCGGGUCAACGUUUUUGGCGCGUAUUUUUGUUUAUUCCUGAUACGUUUAAACAACAUAUGUUUGGUCCGUAUAAAGUUUAGCUAUAAAAUUUUAAUGGUUUUAUUACAUUAUAGUUUUGAGUAAAAAUUGUUUUUGUUUAUUUAUUAUGUUAACCAAUGGGGUUUUUGUUACACACAAACAUUUUUUUACAGUGAUUUCGCAUAUAAUUGCUGUAUGUAGAUUAAAAUUUUGAUUGUUACGAUUUUUAAUUCCUUGUAAAUAUUUUGAGCCCCUAUCCCGAAACGAGUGUCAAUAGUCUGUAGUACUGUCAAACAUAAAAUUGGCAGAACUUAAAACUAUUUGACAUUGAUGUUUUCUGUUACACUUUUUGGGAGUUACCAUGGGCUAAGAAUCUUUAUUUUAUUUCAUUGUCGAUUCAAAUAAACUUUUAUAAUAUAUAUUAUGUUGCUGUUAACUUUGAAUGGUCUCAUUGCACUAUACCAUAGUUUUAUGAGAGUCUAUGUGGUGCUCUAUUCUAUUUUCUAUGCUAAUACUAAUUGUUUAUGGUAUCUCCCUAGUGUUCCAAGUGCACACAAAGUUUAAUAGGUUGAUCCCUUACGGAAGUAUUAUUAAAUACAAUGUAAUGAAAGGCCAACUGCACAUUGUAUACAUAAUAUCGGUAUCGUCACGUCAUUUGGCGAGAUUAAAGAAAGUUCGCGCGUAAAGUUAUUGGGUUUGGGCGUAAGAGUACACCAAACCCAAUAACCUAUCUCAAUUCAUUUUUGACCAUAUGAGACAGACACCAUAAUCCAAAUAUUGAAAAAAGUGCGCCAAUUACCAAUCGACGGAUUGUAAUAGCCAUCUGUCGAUUCUAGCUAUCCAUGGUAGGUCGGAUCGUUGUUUGUGGAUAGACCUUUGUAUGAAAAUGGCAGUUCAACUGGGCCCAUAUCCUAUCUAAGGAUUUUAACUUACAGCAGUUUUUAAAAUAGUUUAAAAGCUAUUUAUUAUAUUUUAAACAUAGCGUGUAUAUUUUAAUAUUAUUUGUACGGUUUUAUUUACUUUAUUUGGUUUAUAUUGGUUAUCAAAUAUGAGUGCAAAGAGCGAAGAGAAUGCAUCUAGCCGUCUCCAAAAUUGGAUUGUCUUUGUAGGGUUUGGUUUUGGGACGCAGAUGUCUGAAUCUUACCCAAUAUUCACCUAAAACCAGUUGGAUUGUAAACUACCGCUGUUCUUAAUAUAUAUUGAAGUAGAUUAUGAAACUUAUAGAAAUAUGAUAUUUCUCGUAUGUAUCUGUUUUAAAAGGUCGAAAAAGGCAUAUAAAGUGCAGGCGACCUAAACAUUUGACUUAGGGUGCUUUUGCAAAGACAGUCUAAACAAACAAUAAAUUUUACAUAGGAAUUACCACUUUAAAUUAAUGGAUUAAAGUUCAAUUUUUCAAUAAAUUUUUUCACUGAGAAUCGCUAGUUAGAUGUAAGCUGACUAAUUGAUAUUGCAUAAGCAGCCCUAACAUAAUUUCCAUAGACAUAGAGUGGCUUGAGAAUUCAAAAUCGGAAUCACAGCUGAAAGUUGUUUUUGUUACCAUGGUUACUGUUUCAAUUACAGUAGAAUGACGUCUAUGGAAUGAAUACGAUAUCUUAAACGUUUUAAGGGUUGUCUAUGGUAAUUUUAUAUAGGCAUCGGUUCGUAACUUGGCAAAAUUUUAUGUAGGUAAUCAAACUACAAUCGUGUAGUAGAAAAAGAUCUAACGAAUACUUUUACGCAUCCAACGAUACUCGCCAAGUUACGAACCGGAACCUUAUAAAAUUUUAUACAUUUAAAAUGUUUUCUUCAGUAAGAGAUUCGUCGCUAGAUGGCCUUGUUCAUCGGUUGGUUGGUGUAAAUAUGUUCUUAAUAAGUCUCCUUUCAAGUGUUUUUGAAAAUUUUGUAAAAUCUAUUUCCUUAAUAGAAAUUUAUGAAGGCACAUAAUUCAAUAGAUAUUAGUUUUAAUACAAUAAUUGAUAACAGAGAUUUAAAUUCCAAAUUUAAAAAAUAUUCACGAUGUAUGCAUAAUGUCUUGUGCAAUAUAACACUAAGUUUGUUAAUGUUUUUACUAAACCAAUUGGAAUAUGGAAUUAAUCCCUUAGGUUUAAUCUUGGGUCUAAAAUAUAGAUUUAUACCUACACUUUCCUUUUAUACUUGGCAAUGUGUCACUUUAAUUGUUACAUGAAGAUCAGAUGAGCAGACGCAUUUUAAGAGAGUUUAAAACUAAUUGUGAUUUAUAUUUAAAAAUCGUCCAAGGUUUGCGAAAUAUGACUCUUGUAUGUCCAUAAUUUCUGACAUUAGGGAGUCAUCCUUAUCUUACAUGUUAGUGAAUUGAUGGUGACCCCGAUUUAGAAUACGAACCUAAACGAGAAAAAAACUUGUCUACGUUCCGAUUACCGUCAGUUCACGAAUUUGAAUAAGGCUAAAGUCUGUCUGUCGCUGUUGUGUUGUGUAACUAUUUAGUUAAGGUUUUAAAUUUUGUAAAUAAAAGAGUUAUUAUUGUGCAAUUAUAUGGUUAAAUGAA